GGAAUGGCGACGGUCGAGACGGUUUUGGAGGCCAGAGAAGAGCUGAAUUUAACUGCAGAGGAGCUGAACUCUUGUGUGAAAGAGCCCCAAAAUGGAAACUGAAAUGACAGUGACCUCCUCAUCCAGCGUGGUGUCAUCCUCCGCCCCACAGACCACGACCGCCCAAACCAACCUAGCAGCGAAGCAGAGAGACAGCAGAAAGCCCACCUCCACCACUCCCUCCUUCCUCUCCAACCUGGGGAGGGCGACACUGAGGGGUAUCAGGAAGUGUCCUCAAUGCGGGGUCUACAACGGCACCCGCGGGCUCAGCUGCAAGAACAAGGCUUGCGGGAUCUCCCUCAGAAAUGCCACGGCCGGGGGGAGGAACAGCAAAAAAGGAGCGGUGGAGGUGGUGAAAGUGAUAAUAGAUAGUGAGGAGAGAGGUGGGAAAGAGAGAGAGGGAGGAGGAGUUGGUGGAGGAGGGGGAGUCCAGGUGUUUUCAGUGUGCCACAAAGGACGAGGGGCCACGGCGACGCAGCUGGGCUUCGUUGAGCUCGUCCCCACCGAUACGGCCAUAGCAACCGGUGAUGGAGCGACCCUGCUGACCCGCAUCAACCUGGGCCGCUGCUUUUUGCCGUCAUGCAGACACGGUCAAAGGUCAAAUCAGGGCGAGGCAGAGUCCGCCGUCGCCAACUCCAAACAAUCCUCCGACACCCUCUGCAUCCACAUCAAGCAAGCAAUAGAGUGUCGGAGCUGCGCCACCCCGCUGACCUUAAAGAGCUCCGUCCUGGAGGAUCUGCAGGCCUCCAUUCAAGCCAGGGAGGAGCUGUGGAGGCUGGCGACGGAGUCUCCGGGCCCCCUGGUGCAGCGGGUCUCCAAAGACACGCUGGUGGUGAAGUGUCACACGGACUCGCAGCAUCCUCUGGGCCUGCUGCACCUCACCGUGGGUGCAGGCGGGCUGUCCGAGGUGUCGAAAAGCGAGAGGAAGGGCAGAGAGGCUCAGCAGCAGCAGCAGCAGCAGCAACACCACGGCGUCUUUCACUGCGCCUGCCAGGUCAGCAGCAGACGAGGUAAACCUGGUGCUGACGGUGCAGGCGGAUCCAACAACAACACUCAUCCUCCUCCUCUUCCUCCUCCUCCUCCUCUCAGCUCGGCAGCAUCAUCACAACCCUGCCUUCACUUCUACGCCUGCGUGUGUGCCUUCGCCAGCGAUGAGAAACUGGCUUCAGAGUUUGCAGCUUUUAUCAACUACACACCAAGCGGUGUGCAGCAGAACACCACCUGUAGGUUAAUCAGUCCCGGUGAGAAACCUCUGCAGCAGGCCGACCCCGUCAACUCUCACCACAAAGCAAAGAAACUUCGCCUGGAUGAAUCUCUUUCUGGGAAUACGCAGGUUGUCGACGAGCACGCGGUGACGAUGGGCUUCCACCAGUGGCUGGCGGGCGUCACAGAGAGGAUCCACCAGACCAUGCACUACCAGUUCGAUGGGAAACCAGAACCUCUGGUGUACCACAUCCCUCAGGACUUCUUCAACGCUCUGCAGAAUCGUCUGUCGCUCGGCUCGAAGAAGAGGAGACUGCCCAACUUCACUACAGCGUUUGUGAGAAAUGACGGACUUCCUCUCGGCUCGUUCUCCAAGUACACCUGGCACAUCAUAAAUCUCAUGCAGGUCAAACGUAUCUUUGACACCCAGGAGCUGCCUCUGGAGCUCACUCAGAGUUUCGUAAAGAACGUCGACGGCUCCUAUUCUCCUUUUCGCUGCCCUGAACCUCCACCUGAACCCGAACUACCGGAGGGGUACAGGACAGAUCGGCCGCAAGCUAUACGACCGAUGGAGCUCCGCACCUUUCUCAAAGUUGGACCCGGCACCGCAGACCAGAAGGAGGCCAGUCCGUUUGUGAUCGAGUGGAUCCCGAACGUCCUCCCUCACUGUCAGAUGGGUGAGCUCAGGAUCAGCUUCGAGUUCGGCCACCAGCAGAGCGGUCAGCCCGAGUAUUGUGAGAAAAUGAACGCGGCGGAGAAAGGAGGUCGUAACAAAGCCGACUCAACACAAACCAAACACACGAAAGCUGUUGAAAUCCUUCAGGUGGUCGUCUGAUCGUCACGGUAACCAGUGUUAACAGCGGCAAUAAUGGUUUUAACUGCCUCUCUGGGACAGUUUGUCAUAAAAUGCACCAGAUAUGAAUAAAUGUGACUCAUAUGUGACUUUACUCAUAUCCUUUUUAUAUUAUGCAAAGUAUAGAUAAUCAAGUUCAGUGUGAAUUAUACAUUAUAUUAUUGUUCAACUUAAGAUUUAGACAACCUUGUCUGUGAGUUGUCAUCAUAAAGCCUUUUCUUUAAUGUUAAUAUUCAACAUCAAACCCAUAAAGAAGAAAAAAAGAGGUAUAUUUUUGGUAAUAUAUAUUUUUUAUAGCAUAAAAAAGCAGAUCGCACAAACCAG